AACAUUCUUGAAGAACACAUUCUUUGUCACCAUUGUCAGUCUCCAGUCAGUAAGUAAAAUAUGGCGAGAGUUCUCCAUAAAGAGCAAUCUGAGAUCCAUGUGGACUACGUCAAUGCACCUAAUCAAUUGGCCAGAGGCUCCCCCUCAAAGAACCACACAGGUAAAGACAGUGCAGUGAUCUCUGCCGUGUCAGGAAGAAAACUCUACAGACUGGUUGGUGUGAGCUUUGGACUCCUGUGUAUCCUCCAAAUUGCUCUCAACAUUUCCCUGCGACUUACUCUCUCUCUUUCAGACAGACCUGAUAAUAAGACAUCAGGUGUUGAAGUCAAUUGCAAAAUUCUGGCUGAUUCUGAUCACUAUUUUAAACAAGGAUGGGUGUAUUUCCGACCUAGUUUCUAUUACAUUUCCUCUAUAAAGAAAUCCUGGCAAGACAGUAGAGAUGACUGUCUGCGGCGAGGUGCAGACCUGGUGAUUAUCAACAGCAGAGAAGAACAGGACUUUACAAGAAAAUUUCACAGGAUCAGCUGGAUCGGAUUGACUCUCAGAGAGACAAAGGGAGAGUGGAAAUGGGUGGAUGGCACUCCACUGACCAAAAGCUACUGGGGCUCUGGUGAACCCAAUGAUUAUGAAGGCAAAACUGAAGACUGUGUAGAAAUAAAGUUCCAUGAUGAGGAAAACAGCUGGAAUGACAUACCAUGUGGAGAUCAAAACUUCUGGAUCUGUGAAAAGACAGUGGCUCUAUAAGUCAGCAUAUAAACCCAAAGCUGAAAUCCUCUUCAUGUCUAAUCUAAGUGUACAAAUUUACAUACAGUAUAUUCUAUUACACAAUAAUGUGGCUCUGUACAUGUGAAUGAGUUGAACUUUGGAUUUUGAUGCUGUAACAAUGCAAUCAUUUAAUUCUGAGCUUUUAGAUUGGCCUUAACUGCUGCCAUCACCUCUGCUACUUGUGCAGAAGCAAUGAAAAUGACUAUGUGUAUGACUAUUGGUACUGUAUGCCUACAAAAUACUGAGGCACAUUUUAUAAAAAUAAAAAUGUACAGACAACUCUGAUGGAGCUAUAA